UUGUGUUGUGUGAAUAAAAGGCCUGACUCCCCCUUCAUACAUUACAUGCAGAAACUAAACACUAAACUCAAUUUAUGUACUCUAGCUAUUUAGAAUAUACUCUUUUUUACUUCAAACAAAAGUAAUUGAUCUUUGUUUAACAUCAAGAUAAAGAUGUGGAAGCUGAAAUUUUCAAAAAACAAGGAUGGUACUGAAGAAUUGGUUAGAAGUGUGAAUAAGAACAUUGGAAGACAAUUUUGGGAGUAUGAUCCGAAUCUUGGAAAUGAACAAGAACGAGCUCAAGUGGAACAUGCUCGCAAACAAUUUCAUGUCAAUCGCUUCAAAACUAAGAACAGUUCUGAUCUCUUAAUGAGACUCCAGUUUGAAAGGGAAAAAGGUGUUUUAAAUAUGAAAUCAGAGAAGAAUAAUAAUAAGGUGAAAAUGGAGAAGGAAGAAGGAUAUAUAAUUAGUGAGGAAAAAGUGGGAAAGACACUAAAAAGAGCAUUGAGAUGUUACUCAACAUUGCAAACUGAGGAUGGUUUCUGGCCUGGUGACUAUGGUGGUCCUUUGUUUCUUUUGCCUUCUUUGGUAAUAGGACUAUGGGUGACUGGGGCUGUUAAUGCAGUGUUAACACCGGAGCAUCAAAGUGAGAUGCGACGCUAUCUGUUUAAUCAUCAGAACGAAGAUGGAGGGUGGGGAUUGCAUAUAGAAGGGCCCAGCACAAUGUUUGGUACAGCUAUGAGCUAUGUGACCUUGAGAUUGCUUGGAGAAGAUAUAGACAGUGGAGAUGGAGCCAUGCAAAAAGCAAGAAAGUGGAUUCUUGAUCGUGGGGGUGCCACUUCUAUUCCUUCAUGGGGCAAACUCUGGCUUUCUGUACUUGGAGUAUAUGAAUGGAGUGGAAUGAAGGCAAUCCCUCCAGAGAUAUGGCUUCUUCCCUACUUUGUUCCUUUGCAUCCAGGAAGGAUGUGGUGUCACACUAGACUUGUAUAUCUACCAAUGUCAUAUUUGUACGGUAGAAGAUUUGUGGGUCCAUUCAGUGCUAUUGUUUUAUCUAUCAGAAGAGAGAUCUAUACCUUACCUUAUCAUAUACUAAAUUGGGACCACGCUAAAUAUCAUUGUGCUAAGGAAGAUUUGUACCAUCCAUGUCCAAUGAUACAGAAUAUUUUAUGGGGUUUUCUUGAUAAUGUUGGGGAACCUCUUCUCAUGCAUUGGCCUUACUCUAAACUAAGGAAUAAAGCACUCAAUCAUGUUAUGAAGCAUAUACACUAUGAGGAUGAAAACACUAACUAUAUCUGCCUUGGUCCAGUUAAUAAGGUACUAAACAUGGUUUGUUGUUGGUUGGAGAACCCAAAUUCUGAGGCAUUUAAGUGUCACAUUUUAAGAAUCAAAGACUAUCUAUGGUUGGCUGAGGAUGGAAUGAAAAUGCAAGGAUACAAUGGUUCUCAAUGUUGGGAUGUUGCUUUAUCUGUUCAAGCUAUCUUGGCUACCAAUCUUGAUGAUGAAUAUGGUUCAAUGCUUAAGAAAGCUAACAAUUUCAUAAAACUCUCACAGGUUACAAUGAACAGCUCUGGUAAUACUAGUUGCUGGUAUCGCCACAUUUCUAAAGGCGGUUGGCCUUUCUCGACUCAAGACAAUGGUUGGCCUGUUUCUGAUUGCACUGCAGAAGGCUUGAAGGCAGCCAUUUUGUUAUCAAACUUGCCAAUCGAGAGUGUUGGAAAAGCAGUGGAAACAGAACAACUAUGCAAUGCAGUUAAUUUGAUUUUAUCCCUGCAGAAUAGAAAUGGUGGGUUUGCAUCCUAUGAGCUCACAAGAUCUUAUACAUGGUUGGAGAAAAUAAAUCCAACUGAAACAUUUGAAGAUAUCACCAUUGAUUAUCAGUACGUGGAAUGCACAUCAGCAGCGAUACAAGGUCUCGCCUUAUUCACUCAACAAAAUCCGCGGCACAGGAAGAUGGAAAUAGAUAUUUGCAUUGUUAAGGCUGCAAACUAUAUCGAAAGCAUACAAUGGGCAGAUGGUUCAUGGUAUGGAUCAUGGGGAAUCUGCUUUACAUAUGGGACAUGGUUUGGAAUAAAAGGGUUGAUAGCUGCAGGUAAGAGCUACAAAGAUAGUAUAAGCAUAAGAAAGGGAUGUGAGUUUUUACUUUCAAAACAGCACAAGCUUUCAGGUGGGUGGGGUGAGAGCUAUCUCUCAUGCCAACACAAGGUAUACACAAACCUGGAAGGAAACAAAUCUAAUGUAGUGAACACUGCAUGGGCUAUGCUGGCACUCAUUGAAGCAGGACAGGCCGAAAGAGAUCCAACUCCAUUGCAUCAUGCCGCAAAGGUUUUGAUAAAUUCACAAAUGGAAAACGGGGAGUUUCCUCAACAGGAGUCUUCAACAAGAAUUGCACUAUCAAUUACUCAGCAUACAGAAACAUUUUUCCCAUAUGGGCUCUUGGUGAAUAUCGAAGUCGAGUACUCCUUUAAUUUAUCCCGACAAAGAGUCCAGAGAAAUUGCAUCAUAAUCAGCUACAAAACUGCCAGCAAAUGGAGCAGGAGGCAAAACAAAGUGCACUAAGUUUCAAACUUUAUGUUGAAUACAUGUGACGUGUCAAUUGCAAUUUAAAUGAUACAAAAAAUUGGACCCUACUACAAGAAUUCCUCAAACAUUUAAUCAAUUUGCUGUUGUCAUUUCUCCAUCAAUCAAUCAAUUCAAUAAAUGGCUACAACUUUCACGCAAAA